AUCAUGUGACAUCACCACAGUGACAGACAUUAAAGGGGUUCGAUGUGAACAUUAAGCCUCCAUUCAGCAGCGAGCAGCUCAUCAGGCACCGUAAACACACCUCCUCAUUGGCAUCACCAUGGUAACUGUGCCAGUUCUGCUGCUCCUCAUCUUCUCAGCUUCUACAUCUCCAGUCCACAGUCACCUCACUUCAUUUCAUUUCGUUCCGGGUUGCAUGAAUCAGAGUGAGGCUCGACAAGCUUGCAGAGAUAAAUACACCGACCUCGUCACUGUGUACUCUGAUAAAGACAACAGUGAACUUGCUAAACUGGUGAUAAAGGAUGGUGUGGGUUCUGGCUGGAUCGGACUCUCUCGCAAUAAUUUAAGUGAGAAAUGGUCUAAUGGUGAUCCUGUAACAUACAGAAAUCUGACAGGGGAUUGUGGGACAUCGAGCUGCUGUACAAUGAAGGCUGAUGGUUUAUGGGAAAGUCUUCAGUGCACAGUGACAAGACAUUUCAUGUGCUAUGAACAAGAUGCUACCUCUCAGACUAAUAAUUAUCAUCUUAUCCUUGAGAAUAAGACCUGGUAUGAAGCUCAGCGUUACUGUAGACAGAGAUACACUGACCUGGUCAGCAUCAGAGAUCAGCAGCACAAUGAAGAGGUGAUGAUUAAAGGGUUAAACAGCAGCACACCCUUCUGGAUCGGCCUGCUGUGUGAUGACUGGCAGUGGAUUGAUGGAGGAAUCUCUGCCUAUAGAAACUGGCAUUGGCAGAGCGGUGAACCUUAUCCAUCAUCACACAACUGUGUAGUACUGAGUGGAGAGAGAUGGUACUCAUGGCUAUGCAAUAAUUUAUAUCCUGCUUUGUGCUACUACAAUUACAUCCAUGUGAGUGAAGAGGCUCUGAGCUGGGAGAAAGCGCUGGAUUACUGUGAUAAAGGGAACAGAACUGGAUUGUUGCAGAUUGAGUCUGAACAUGACCAGACUGAUGUGGAGAAUGAGCUCAGAAGGAGGCGUGUCUCUGAGCCUGUGUGGGUGGGGCUUAGACAGAGCCAGCUCUUCGGGUUCUGGAUUUGGCCCGAUGGGAAAGCUGUGUUUCCGUACUCCAACUGGGAUGAAGGGAAACAGCCUGAGCAUCAACUCUCUCAGCACUGCGGUGCCGUCGUUCCACAGAGCUACAGAUGGAAAGACAUGAACUGUGAGGCUCAGUAUAAAGCUCUGUGUCACAUCAGAUGUUCUCCAUGAACCCACUUAUACGUUCAUUUUAUAUAUUUAUCAAUCUUUUUUUUUUAAAACAAUUAUUCGCAUAUGUAAUUAUUAUUCAUAAUUUUCAUUUAAAGCUUAGAGACUACAUGGCUAUAUGUGGGAAAAUUUUAAUGUAACUAAACUGAUAGAAAUUCUCUAAAAAAAAUGAGAUCAACUGCAUUUCUAACCAUUUUAAACAUAUAUUCAUUUACAUGUGAAACUCACAUAGGGUUUGAUUUUUUUUUUAAAAGUAUUACUCAAAUAAAUAUCUCAGCACUGCGGUGCCGUCGUUCCACAAAAGAGCUACAGAUGGAAAGACAUGAACUGUGAGGCUCAGUAUAAAGCUCUGUGUCACACCACAUGUUAACCAUGAUCAUGUUCUUUAUGAACCACCACCCCACCCCAAACACACACACACGCGCACACACACACACACACACACACAUACACACGUAUACAUACGUGUGUGUGUUUUAGAAUUGUACAGUGACACACACACUUACUGGGGUCAGGGUUGUGUAUUUUACAGAGUUCCCCUGUGCGGAACAACGACAGAACAUCAGUGCAAAAAAAUCUAAGCAAAUAAAUAUCUUUAAUAAAUCUAAUAUAAUAUAAACUAACAUCCCUUGUAGUUUUAGAAUUUAGGUCUCUCUCUCUCUCUCUCUCUCUCUCUCUCUUUCUCAGAAGGAGGCAUCUCUCUGCUCAUGAAGAUGUUGUAGAUGUUUAUGUUCAUGGCUUUGUUAUAGGGCCUUUAAUCCAGACUGAAUAUAGCAGGAUGAUUAAAAAGUAAUGACAAUUCUAUCUUCUUGACUCAAUGUUUAAUGUGUUUAUUGCUGUUUCUAUGGUGUCGUGCAGCACAGACUGUAACUUUCUCUGUUUAUAAUAAAGUUUGAACACACA